GCUGGGGCAUAGCCCCGGAACCUCUGGGCGUGCCGGUACCUCUAGUUAAAAAUCUCAUAAAAUGCUUUCUUUUAAAAAUCAUUGCAUUAAGUCUGCAAGUUGUUGCGUGCGCGCUAAAGAGAGACAGUCCGCUGCCAGAGCCCUUCAAAGACCAAUGUGACUGGUUCUACGAGCACCUCCACGCAGGCCAGCCUGACUCCGACAUGGUCGACAGGCCCGUCAACGAGAAUGACAUCCUGGUCAUUCACAGAGGGAUUCCUGUUAACUACCCAGAUGUGGCCUCUGUUGACCCAGAAUAUGCUAAAAACCUCCAGUGGACUUUGGACAACGAUAUCAGUGACCUUGGUCUGAAGCUCACCUUCUCAGUCGAGACAGAUGUUUUUGGCACCAUGGAAGAGGCAGAGUAUGUCCAGCUUGUAACUGAACUUCAGAUGACCCAAGCUAUUCAGCCAUAGCAGGGCUUCCACAUGUUCAUCCCACCCUCUCUGGUACAGUUGUUUGAGGAAUAUGAAUGGCAUCAACAUGCUAAAACUUCCAGAAAACCCAAGCAAAGAAGCUACAUUGUGAGAGCUAUGCAUACGCUAUGGCAUAGUGAAUUCCAAGACCAGAUCCAACUCUAUUUUUGCAUAAGACUAUAUAUAUAUAUAUAUAUAUAUAUAUACAGUGCCUUGCAAAAGUAUUCAGACCCCUGACCAAUUUUCUCAUAUUACUGAAUUACAAAUGGUACAUUGAAAUUUUGUUCUGUUUGAUAUUUUAUUUUAAAACACUGAAACUCAAAAUCAAUUAUUGUAAGGUGACAUUGGUUUUAUGUUGGGAAAUAUUUUUAAGAAAAAUAAAAAACUGAAAUAUCUUGCUUGCAUAAGUAUUCAACCCCCACACAUUAAUAUUUGGUAGAGCCACCUUUCGCUGCAAUAACAGCUUUAAGUCUUUUGGGGUAAGUAUGUACCAGCUUUGCACACAGUGUCGGAGUGAUUUUGGCCCAUUCUUCUUGGCAGAUUUGCUCCAGGUUAUUCAGGUUGGUUGGACGACGCUUGUGGAAAAGUGGAACGAGUUAAAUUAAUAUUUCAUAAAAGACUAUGCAUACAGAAGGAAGUGUGUGGGGGUUUUCCUGUGAAGUAGUCCAGUGUGUUCCUUGCAGUGCCCUGAAUGCUGUUAUCAGCAUUAUCAUGAAGUCCUUGUCUUUGAUUGGGACGUGGCAUUGUUGUAAGAGAUGCAAACCCUUUUGACUGCACUGUCUACAUAGUGUCAUAUAUAAGAAAUAUUUUAGGAAAACAAAGGAGCAUAAGCAAUAUUUAAAGGUGACAAGUUUUGGGAUUGCUGUGCCAAAAAUACAUGUUGUAAUUUCUGUUUUUUAAUUGUUUAGAAUUUAUUUUAUUGUAUUUAAUUUUUUUAUGGUUUAUUUUUUUUUAAUUCUGACAGAAAAAAUAUCAUGCUAGAGUGUGAAAAGUAAUACGCCAAAAAUCAUAUCAUAUAUCACAAUACAUCAUGGGCCACAUUUUUAUCACAGCACAAGAGUUUAUACAUUAUACAGGACUUUGUAGAACUGUUGUGAUGCAGUGUAUUUAAAAGGGCAAGACUUUGAAAAAAUAGCUACAGUAGAUUACCAUUUUUUAAUUUAACAUUGUUUUAUCAGCUAAGCAGAGCAUUUUAUAUUUAUAAAAUUACAUUUUUAAAAGAUAUUACAAUUUAAAAUCAUGAAUUAUCCAAUAAAGAUAAAAUGAAAAUCUACAAUAUACUUACACAUUUUUGCAAUUUAUAUUUACCCUCUGGCUACAAGAUUAAUAAUGCAAAUAUGGUGUAUGGAUUAAAAAAGCCUACAGAAAAUAAUUUGUAGGAGAACAAGAAUAGUGUCAAGUUGGUUUGUUUGCUAUUGCACACAAAACAAAGCUGGUGUCUAUUUUUUCUUGCCAUGUAUAUUUACUGAAUAAAAAGAUAAUGAUUACUGGAUACCGGUGACGUUCUGGUUACAAGCCCCUGGACUUUAACCACUGGACCACACUGCCUCCUAUAUAUCUAACCUGUAACCUAAUUCUGUCUUAUUUAACCAGAAUCAUAUUCCUAUUUUUUAUUUUUAUUUUUUUAUUUAUACACCAAAAUAUCUGCAUAUUGUCAACGAGAAUGCAGUAAACCAAAUGUAAUGCUAUAAAAAAAAGAAAGAAAGACACUGGGCCAAAUUUGUGUUCAAGAAUAUAUAGCAGUUGCAAAAAGUUGUAUAUAGGCCUCUUAAAACUAAAUAUAUAUUUUAAAAACAUGAACUUUCAAAACAUUCACUCAGUAGAGCCGACCUUAAAUGUCUUGUGUACUGGUGUUUUUAUACAGGUCAACACAGAUGCCAGAAAAACACAAAUUUGGAACACCUGUUGUGCAGGGUCCAGCUGAAAGUGCUAUUUAUGGUAUUAGCAUUUGUGUUCACUUUGCGCUGUGAUCAAAAUUUGGCUCCAAAUGUCUGAAGGCCAUUAUAUUAAAUUAAUGUAAAAUAUUUGUGUUUUUUUAAUGGUGUGUGUAUAUAUAAAUAUAUCAAGAUUUGCUGCAAUUUAUAUUCUACCUAGCGGUAUGUUGUUUUAGAUGUAUAUUUGUUCUGCAUUUGUACACAGCUACUGUUUCUUUAUAUGCAAUUUCUGUAUAUCAGAUACAAAUACAUGAAAUUAUGUAUUUUACCAAAAAAUACCAAAAGGCUCUUGACUGUUAACCUUGACUUUAGAAUUAUUUCUGUGAAUUCUAAUAUUAUAAGAACUGUAUUAAUUACAGAUACAUCAACAUUAGGCCAGGUUACAUGUGUGAUUAUUUCACGUGAAUCGACAAUACAUGUGAAACUUGGCAGGGAAUGCUUAUGAAAGUCUUCCAAAAA